AUGCAUUUUUGACAUGGUGAUAAUGUGGUAUCUCUACUAUAAAACCUCGUGCCGGGACCUCGUUGCCGCAUCAGAAAGUUUCAAAGAGUGCAUACAAGUACGUGAAGAAGACAUAAAAAAAUGGAGUACAUUUAUGAAAAUUGCCCGGAAUGGAAGAAGCGAUUUUCUAACCUGCUCUGCGUCUUAUUAGUGAAACUGGCGUUUCACUGGGAGUCCCAAGAUGAUAUCCAGAUUCCGGGCUUUAUAAACAUACAGCGCCGGCAGUGGGUGCGGGCGGAGCGGCGGUGGAGGAGACACGACCUCUCCUUCAUGUGGGGUGACGCUCCGGAGAGUCCCCCGAAUGACGAGGACAUUUUUGACCUUCGGCGGCUCUUCGGGGAAGAGCCCUAUAUGGAGGAGGAGAUUUGGGUGCCCGGGGAGUUUCGGGCACCCAAUGGUGUACAGAAUGGGGAGCACAGAUGAACGGCCCCCUCACCUGGCUCCCCUGGCCCCUCCACCCCCCCCCGCACCCC